AUGAAACUUUUGAAGGAUCUGGUGAUCACACGGAAGGAGCUCCAGGACUCUGAGAGAAACAUAGUUUGGGCGAGAGAUGGUACGUUGUAUAUAACUGCGUAUCCGGAUAUUUGCAUUGGACAGCCAAUAUAUCGAAAGGAGGUAUCUAACAAUAGCAAGCAGCUGUUUCAUAUCAAGGAUUAUCCGUUAGAACUCGAGAACAAAUUUGAAUUCGAGGGGGCUGGUCGAAAUGCGCUGCUAAACUCUCAACCAGUAUCGUAUACUAAACUUUGCAAACCCUGCCCGACUGCCUCGUUCUUAGCUGUGCUGACCAGCAAUCUCAAUGUCCACAUUUUCAAGGAUCAGAGGCUGAUAUGCAAUUUAGACGAGCCGGAUAAAGAGCUGGAGCGAAGGGCAUACCAUUGUGUUGAAUGGAGCCCGGAUGGGUCCUCCUUAGCAGUGGGGAAUGAAAGAGGUGAAGUUGUAAUAUAUUCAUUGGAGGAUCACGCUGACGGGUCUCCGCACUUUACUGCGAAUAAAUUGAUUGAACUAGGCCACGACGUGGCUACAAAUUGGAUAGUCGGAAUUGAUUGGAAAGACGACAAGAUCAUUAUUAUGCUUGAUAAUAACUCAAUUUACAUGGUUGACUUUAGUAAAGGCGGGAAACUGACGCGACUGAGGGCUCCUUCGAGAUUGAGGCUGAUAGAUAGCUGUCUUUUGGAUAAAUUCCUUGUCUAUACAGACUCGUGCCAUCUUUACAGAGUCGACUUAGAAGCAGAAGAAACCUCGAGCUUAGCUCUGACAGCAAGCGAUGGAUUCAAAAUAGUUCCCGUGAAAGGAACAGAGACUGUUAUUGUGAUUUCAAACAAAACCAGUUGCAAAGUACAACUGAAAGGCGAAUUGACUUUAGCACCAGAUGAGAUUGUGGCACCACAUUUGGAGCGGAAAUUCAAAAAAUGGAGUAUAAUAAACAACGAAUUUAGCAACUAUGAGGCAAGCGUGCUGAUCCACGGUCUCGCGCUUUCGUCGGAUGGCUAUUCUCUUGCUAUAUGCUACAGCAUGGAACGAGCGACCAUGAAAUACAAGAUCGCAUCAGAGCAUAUGUUCUACAUAACAUUUGUUCCCUUGUGCCACUCCUGGACCAUUUCGAAGUAUGCCACGGGAUUGGCCUGGUAUCAAUGUUACCAGAUCUACCAAUGUACGUUGCCUUCUUCUGCCAGUAAAGAGGACAUCCCAACACCGACCUGCGAUGUGAAUAUGUCCCUGAGGGCUUAUAUUAGAUCUCUUCUGAACAAUGAAAAGAUGAACAGCUGGCGAUUUUUCAACUUUAUUGACGAGCACCCAUCGAUCGUGCCUUUCAGGAGAGCUAUUUUCGAUUAUGCUGUCGCUAAAAGUUCGGAAAUUACGAAUCCAAUUGACAAAGCGUCAAUUCAAUCUUUAGCAUCGAUUCUAAGACGUGAUAGUCCAGUAACCUCCGAUAUUGUUGAGCUGAGGGGCGAAUUCAUCACCGAAUCGUUCGACUUUCGAACAAGCGAUACUCCAGAUUAUAUUUGUUCUGAACAACAACACACCUGGAGAAGGUGCUUCGUCAGCUUACUGCCAAUCUUAACCACCCAGGUUAAAGUGUGUCCUAUUAGCAACCAACGCAUCAUUGAUAUCAAAAAGGACAACCUAAAUGAUUACGGCUGGUUCACUAGAACGUUACUUGAGGAACUGAAUGAGGAGAGUGUAUACACCGGAACUGCCAUGGCUGCUGCUUAA